GCGUUUAAUAAUUCUUAGGAAUUGUCUCGACUCGUGUACCAUUUACCAUUUACCUUUUUGUUUUUUACUCACUUAUUCCACGGCACGCGUCGCAAAAUAAGGUUGCAUUAAGGACGCAACACGACAACCUUAUUCCCGAAAGUUAACGCGUCGCGUUCACAUAAAUAGAAGACAACUGCAAGUUCUCCCACCGUCCACGCAUCCCAUUACUAAUACGUUUCUCGGUUUGAAUCCUAUUAUUCAGUUCAUCCUCAUUUUAUUUUCAUUCCUAUCUUAACGACGUCUCAUUUCGUCAUCUUAUUGUUUUUAAUGUGCCACGACAUCGUCACCAUUACUGUAACCGGAGUCUAGUUUGUUUUGCUCAGAUGGUUUGAUUUUACAUGUAUCCUUGGAACUAUAUUUAACCGGAAUGACCGCUUAUUCAUCAACUGCCUAUUCGCACUCUAAACAAUUAUUCCAAGCGUGAGCUUUGAUUUGUUCCAACAUCCUCCCAAGCCUACAUCAGUCUUGUUCGUCUUUUUACUCCAUAGGCCCACAACGAGUAAUCCUGGACGCUCAUUCGCUGUGCCAUACAGGCUGUGACCAAACGCUCACACCUACUAAGUCCAUGGUCAAACAUUAUCACCACUCAGAUUCAACUUCGUUAAACGAUCGUAGUCCGACCCAGCGCUUUUCAUCGCGCUCCGGACGACGGCUCUUCCUAUUGUCCGUUCUCCUGUCCCUUAUAAUCUCCCCGCCAGUCCAUUCUGUGAGCUAUAGAAGCUCUUUUGUGUGCAUUUUACCAUACUACACUCGUUGAAUAUAAACUCUGAUGCAUUUGCAUCCUUCAGCAGCAUCUCCAAUGCAGCUCCCUACUCAGCCAGCUAAUGUAGUAACGGUCGACAGAACCGUUACAACUACGGACGAGAGUCCCAGUGGCUCUGUAACAUUACAUAAAGGUACUGCCAGUGCAGACAGCAGUGGUAGCCUUGGCAGCAUCUCUUCUAUGAAAACCGUGCAGACGAAUGAUUCGUACAAGUCUGAAAAGCUAAACGACCUCGUCACGUUUGAUGAGACGUUGCGAGAUAUUGACCCGAAAGGAGUCUCCCCAGUCAACACAAAUGACGAGACUGUUAUUCCGAGUGACGAAUCUUUUUAUGAAGAGGGCGAGAAAGAAAUUCCGUGGACGGCCGAAGAAACACAAGCAUUGUCUGUCAUUCGGCGGAAGUGCGACUUUCGGAUCAUUUCGUGCAUUUGGUUGACUUAUUUUCUGUCACGGAGCGUUACUUACAGCGUGAGUAUGUCGUAUACGAUGAACACAAGUGAUGGACACUCGCUGCUGCAAACCGUAAAGGGUAUCAACAGCCACACGUUAUCGAUCGGCCUUGCUGUAUCAUAUGUCGCACUCAUUGUAUUCGAUCUGCCGUCCAACCUACUCAUGACUUGUGCAGAUCCAAGACUUUGGCUCUCUCGUAUCCAGCUCUCCACAGGUAUCAUUGGAGCAUGCCAUACGAUUUUGGGAUCACGUAUCUCGAGACCUUCUACAUUCAUCAUUCUUCGACUGUUUAAUGGCCUUGCCAUCGCCGGAAUGUGGCCGGGGUUUGCCUAUUAUACAAGCCGUUGGUACCGCGACAGACAUCUGGGUAAACGGAUUGGUUGGUACUACACGGCCGCUCAAAUAGCGUCGGUCACCACGAGUUUGCUUUCUGCAGUUUUCCAAAAAAUGGAUAACCUUGGAGGUUUGUAUGGCUUCCAAUGGAUGUUUCUCAUUUGGGGUAUUGUCACAUUUCUGCAGGGUCUCACCAUUGGUCCUUGGUUGCCUCCGAUUAAAUGUGGUAAUAAGGGCGAAAAGCUGUUCUCCUGGAUUCCAUGCCCACGUUUCUUAAAUUUCCUUCGCCCUGCUAAGGAGUCGCAUCUCACGCCAAAAGAGAAGCAACUUCACAAGCGUUAUAUGCGUGGACUGAAUGUCGGCCGUUCUUGGAACUGGCGCGAUUUGGUUGCAGCAACUCUUGAUGCCCGUUUAUGGCCUCCCAUUUUCAUGUUCUUCGGCGUCGUCGGUGUCAGCAAUGGUAUUGCAAACUAUAGCAGCCUUAUUGUCCGACAGAUCGAUGCUAGUUUCUCGGAUGUGACCGUUUCAUUAUUGGUUGCACCCAUCUAUAUUUUUAAUACUCUUGCCAUUCUUACCGUGCUGCCUCUGCACGAUCGCUACAAGCGCAAAGCUUUAUUUUUCGUUAGCAGUGCCUGUAUUAUAUUAGCAGGUUUGUUGGUGACAACGUUUACGCCUGGCGUUUGGGGCCGCUAUAUUGGUCUUCUCAUACUUGGUUUCGGCCUGGGUCCAACAGUGCCCAUUAUCAUGGCAUGGGUUUCUGAUGCCAUGGGACCUACACACGGAGACGUUGGUGUUGCUGCCGGUUUGGCCAUUGUUAGCGGCUUGGGAAACAUCGGCAGUGUAAUUUCUACAUAUGCACUUUACUCCGGUUGGAAGAGCGAUACGACGUAUCGCAAAAGCAACGAAGUUAUGUGUGGCAUGGUAGGUAUUGCCAUAGUCGCAGCCAUUGCCAUGCACUGUAUCCAGAAGUUCCAUUGGUACUCACCCACUCGUACGCGGUUAUGUGUACGCAAGACGGACGAAGAGAAGGCGUAACUCCGUCGCAGCUACGGUCAUUAUUAUCAUUACUGCUAUUAUUACUACUGGUUCGGUUUCUCUGUGUUUUCCCUUCUAUUUUCACGAUAUACCUUUUACGCAUGCAUCUGAUGAAGGCUUUCCCCAUCUUGUAACUUGGUUUUUCUUUUACUCCCCCGCUUCCGUGUCAAUUCCUCUCUUCGCUCUUUUAUUUCUUCUGUACAUUAUAUUCUGGUUAAUUAUUAUGAAAACAUUUGUUAUGACAUAGAGGAACGGUGGAAGACGUAUGAUGGAGAGACAGCCACGAAGCUCGUUUCUAUUUGUUUAUCGUACUUCCACAUUGUAUUAUUAUUUUAUAUACUUAUUAUACUUGGGCAUAUGAACCAUCCGACGCGACGGCGCCAACGAGAUAAUACUCGUUUGUACAAAUUAUGUUAUGGUCCUCAGGAGCGACCAAGCUUUAGAAUAUAUUGACUACGAAAAGACCACAGUUCAUUGUAUAGAAAAAAUAAAAAGACAAAACCUGGCACCGCCAACACAUGCCUUUCUCAAUUUACAAACUGCCGUUUCAACAAAUGCACACACAUCCACUCACAGCUAGCCCCGUCUACGUAUACUACCGCC